CCCAGCCCCACAACCCAAGAUGGCCACCAGCCCAGCCCCACAGCCCAAGAUGGCCGCCAACCUAGCGUCACAGCCCAAGAUGGCCGCCAGCCCAGCACCACAGCACAAGAUGGCCGACUCAACGCCACCGACUCCCCAUCGUAGAGGGCGGAGGAGGAGACAGGCAGCUGCUGUUCCCGAGGCGGAGCCCGAGGCAGUUCCCGAGGCGGUGCCCGAGGCUGUUCCCGAGGCGGUGCCCGAUGCAGUUCCCGAGGCGGUGCCCGAUGCAGUUCCCGAGGCGGUGCCCGAUGCUGUUUCCGAGGCGGUGCCCGAUGCAGUUCCCGAGGCGGUGCCCGAGGCGGUGCCCGAUGCUGUUUCCGAGGCGGUGCCCGAUGCAGUUCCCGAGGCGGUGCCCGAUGCAGUUCCCGAGGCGGUGCCCGAUGCAGUUCCCGAGGCGGUGCCCGAUGCUGUUUCCGAGGCGGUGCCCGAUGCAGUUCCCGAGGCGGUGCCCGAUGCAGUUCCCGAGGCGAAGCCCGAUGCAGUUCCCGAGGCGGUGCCCGAUGCAGUUCCCGAGGCGGAGCCCGAUGCAGUUCCCGAGGCGGUGCUCGAUGCAGUUCCCGAGGCGGUGCCCGAUGCAGUUUCCGAGGCGGUGCCCGAUGCAGUUUCCGAGGCGGUGCCCGAUGCAGUUUCCGAGGCGGUGCCCGAUGCAGUUCCCGAGGCGGAGCCCGAUGCUGUUCCCGAGGCGGAGCCCGAUGCUGUUCCCGAGGCGGAGCCCGAUGCAGUUCCCGAGGCGGUGCCCGAUGCUGUUCCCGAGGCGGUGCCCGAUGCUGUUCCCGAGGCCGAGGUCGUUCCCGAGGCGGUGCCCGAUGCAGUUCCCGAGGCGGUGCCCGAUGCAGUUCCCGAGGCGGUGCCCGAUGCAGUUCCCGAGGCGGUGCCCGAUGCAGUUCCCGAUGCAGUUCCCGAUGCAGUUCCCGAGGCGGUGCCCGAUGCUGUUUCCGAGGCGGUGCCCUAUGCAGUUCCCGAGGCGGAGCCCGAUGCAGUUCCCGAGGCGGAGCCCGAUGCAGUUCCCGAGGCGGUGCCCGAUGCAGUUCCCGAGGCGGUGCCCGAUGCAGUUCCCGAGGCGGAGCCCGAUGCAGUUCCCGAGGCGGAGCCCGAUGCAGUUCCCGAGGCGGAGCCCGAUGCAGUUCCCGAGGCGGAGCCCGAUGCAGUUCCCGAGGCGGAGCCCGAUGCUGUUCCCGAGGCGGUGCCCGAUGCUGUUCCCGAGGCCGAGGCAGUUCCCGAGGCGGAGCCCGAUGCAGUUCCCGAGGCGGUGCCCGAUGCAGUUCCCGAGGCGGAGCCCGAUGCAGUUCCCGAGGCGGAGCCCGAUGCAGUUCCCGAGGCGGAGCCCGAUGCAGUUCCCGAGGCGGUGCCCGAUGCAGUUCCCGAGGCGGUGCCCGAUGCAGUUCCCGAGGCGGAGCCCGAUGCAGUUUCCGAGACGGAGCCCGAUGCAGUUUCCGAGGCGGAGCCCGAUGCAGUUCCCGAGGCGGAGCCCGAUGCAGUUCCCGAGGCGGUGCCCGAUGCUGUUUCCGAGGCGGUGCCCGAUGCAGUUCCCGAGGCGGUGCCCGAUGCAGUUCCCGAGGCGGUGCUCGAUGCAGUUCCCGAGGCGGAGCCCGAUGCUGUUCCCGAGGCGGAGCCCGAUGCUGUUCCCGAGGCGGAGCCCGAUGCAGUUCCCGAGGCGGUGCCCGAUGCUGUUCCCGAGGCCGAGGUCGUUCCCGAGGCGGUGCCCGAUGCAGUUCCCGAGGCGGUGCCCGAUGCUGUUCCCGAGGCGGAGCCCGAUGCUGUUCCCGAGGCGGUGCCCGAGGUUGUUCCCGAGGCGGUGUCCGUUACAGUUCCCGAGGCGGUGACCACAAGGCCGUGGUGGUCUUCGGCUCCGCCCUGGGAGACUCUGGCGGUGACCACGAGGACGUGGUGGUCAUCCGCUCCGCCCUGGGGGACUCUGGCGGUGACCACGAGGACGUGGUGGUCGUCCGCUCCACCCUGGGGGACUCUGGUGAUGACCAUGAGGACGUGGUGGUCUUCUGCUCCGACCUGGUGGACUCCGGCCUCGACCACAGAGACGUGGUGGUCUUCCGCUCCGCCCUGGAGGGCUCUGGCCUUGACCACACGGCUGUGGUGGUCAUCUGCUCCGUCCUAGUGGACGCCUCAACAUGUCCUUCAUGGACUUAUGUUUUGUGUUUUUUGAGUUCUGUUUCUGUCUGUUCUCUUUAGUUUAGUCUGGCCCUCCGUCCCUCCCCCUGUACCUCCUCCGGUCCUCCUCCCUCCUGAUCUCCCGGUUUUAUGUAUCAUUUCUGGUGUUUGUCCCCCAUAUGUUCCUUUUCUGGCCCUCCGUCCCUCCCCCUGAGCCUCCACCUGUCCGCCUCCCUCCUGGUCUCUGUGUCAUGUUUUGUCUUUAAGCGUCUGGUAGCCGCUCCGUAGAGGGGGGGUACUGUCACAGUGUCUGGGUUGUUGUUCCCCGGGGUUCCACUAGAUGUCCUCCUUCUCACGGUGCCUGUCCCAGAUCACUUCCUGUUCCCUUAUAUGGUCACCUUCCUCCUUGUUACCUGAUUGAUUGUUCACCCCACCUGUCUCCUGUUUCCCAAUUAUCCUUCUGUGUAUAAAUACCCAGUCUGUCUUAGUCUAUGUCACGGAGUCCUUGUCUGAUGUCAUUGUGUUUCAGGUCCAUCAGUCUUGCUUUGUCUUACCCUAUGUGUCUCAUUCUCUCGUUCCACCAGACUUCCUCUACCUUUCCGUUCUUCCGAGUUCCCCGUUUCAUCCGGUUCCCUUUUUGUUUGAUUUGUCUCUCAUGACUGUUUAUUUUGUAUUUACCCCUCUGUUUAAAUAAAACCCUUACCUGCA